CGCCCCCGGCCACUCCGCAGAGCCAGCCUAGCCUAGGCUGCGAAGCGGGCUGCUGAGGUGGCCGAGGAGCAGCCGGCUCAGCAGCUGGCCGCCGAGUGCGCCCUGCCCCACGGAACUUGCCCGCAGCCGCCCCGGCGGUGUCCGCCUGUCCCAUGUCCCGCAAGGCGAGCGAGGACGUGGAGUACACGCUGCGCAGCCUGAGCAGCCUGAUGGGCGAGAGGCGCCGCCGGCAGCCGGAGCCGGGGGCGCCGGGCGGGGAGCGCAGCCUGCUGGCCGCCGAGUCGGCCACCAGCCUGCAGGGCGCGGAGCUGGAGCGCGCCGCGCGCAGGCAGUUCCAGCGCGACGAGACCCCCGCCUUCGUGUACGCGGCCGCCGCCUUCUCGGCGCUCGGAGGCUUCCUGUUCGGCUACGACACCGGCGUGGUGUCCGGGGCCAUGCUGCUGCUGCGACGCCAGAUGCACUUGGGCGCGAUGUGGCAGGAGCUGCUGGUGUCGGGCGCGGUGGGCGCGGCCGCCGUCGCGGCACUGGCCGGAGGGGCCCUGAACGGCGCCCUGGGUCGGCGCAGCGCCAUCCUGCUAGCCAGCGCCCUGUGCACCGUGGGCUCCGCCGUGCUGGCCGCCGCCGCCAACAAGGAGACGCUGCUGGCCGGCCGCCUGGUCGUGGGGCUCGGCAUCGGCAUUGCUUCCAUGACCGUUCCCGUGUACAUCGCAGAGGUCUCUCCACCCAACCUGAGAGGUCGAUUGGUCACCAUUAACACCCUCUUCAUCACAGGGGGACAGUUUUUUGCAAGUGUUGUCGAUGGAGCCUUCAGUUAUCUGCAGAAGGAUGGAUGGAGGUACAUGUUGGGACUUGCUGCCAUUCCAGCCGUUAUACAGUUUCUUGGUUUUCUUUUUCUGCCUGAAAGUCCUCGCUGGCUUAUUCAGAAAGGGCAGACUCAGAAGGCCCGCAGGAUUUUGUCUCAGAUGCGUGGCAACCAAACUAUUGAUGAAGAGUAUGACAGCAUCAGGAACAGCAUCGAGGAGGAGGAAAAGGAAGUCAGCGCAGCUGGACCUAUAAUCUGCAGAAUGCUGAGUUACCCCCCAACUCGCCGAGCGUUAGUUGUGGGAUGUGGCUUACAGAUGUUCCAGCAGCUGUCGGGCAUCAACACUAUCAUGUACUACAGCGCAACCAUCCUGCAGAUGUCCGGCGUGGAAGAUGACAGACUUGCAAUAUGGCUGGCCUCAGUUACGGCUUUCACCAAUUUCAUUUUCACUCUAGUGGGAGUCUGGCUUGUCGAGAAAGUGGGUCGCAGGAAGCUUACCUUUGGUAGUUUGGCAGGUACCACAGUAGCACUUAUUAUUCUUGCUUUGGGAUUUCUGCUCUCAGCUCAGGUUUCCCCACGGGUCACUUUCAGACCGAUGGCUCCUUCAGGUCAAAAUGCCACCUGCACAGGAUACAGUUACUGUAAUGAGUGUAUGCUGGAUCCAGACUGCGGUUUCUGCUAUAAGAUAAACGGUUCUGCUGUCAUUGAUUCCUCAUGUGUUCCAGUUAAUAAAGCUUCUACAAAUGAGGCAGCCUGGGGCAGGUGUGAGAAUGAAACCAAGUUCAAAGCAGAAGAGAUUCACUGGGCGUACAGUUUCUGCCCAACCCCCUACUCCUGGACGGCACUCCUGGGCCUGGUCUUAUAUCUUGUUUUCUUUGCACCUGGAAUGGGACCGAUGCCCUGGACAGUGAACUCAGAAAUUUAUCCUCUCUGGGCAAGAAGUACAGGAAAUGCAUGCUCUGCUGGAAUAAACUGGAUUUUCAAUGUUCUGGUUUCGUUGACCUUUUUACACACAGCGGAGUAUCUUACAUACUAUGGAGCGUUCUUCCUCUAUGCUGGGUUUGCAGCCGUGGGACUGCUUUUCAUCUAUGGCUGUCUUCCUGAGACGAAAGGAAAAAAAUUAGAGGAAAUUGAGUCGCUCUUUGACAGCAGGCUAUGUACAUGUGGCGCCUCUGACUCCGAGGAAGGGAGAUACAUUGAAUAUAUCCGGGUGAAGGGAAGUAACUACCAUCUCUCUGACAACGAUGCUUCUGAUGUGGAAUAAUUUUCACUUGGUGACAUUUUAGUAACUGAAUUGAAUGUGGAGAGAAAGCCAGCGGUUGGUCACUUCCCUGCUCACAAGCUAAGUCUCCCUACAGUCCUUCCAUAUGACUCCAUGUUCCAGAAGACUUGGUGAGGAGAAAAAUACAACCAUGGUGAUGUUUAUUUUCAUAUACAGAAAUGCUAAAAACACAGAUUUUUCUUAAACAAAUAUGUAUAACCCCUUCCUGAGACAGUCUAAACAUUACUGUUGUACCCAGUGACUUAAAUGGGACCCCCUUUCUCCUAAAACCAUAUACAGUUACUAGUGGCAAUACAGUCAGUGGUAACCUAGGCAGAUUAUAUAUGUAUAUUUAUAAAGGAUUAUUUAAGAUGAUAUAAGGAUAUUUAAUGUUGAAACAUGGCCUAUUGGCCCUAAAUUUUCAUAUCAAGUAGUGGCUUUUCUAUGAUCGGUACAAAGCAAAUUCCAUCUAAACUUCCACCCAGAAACCCAGAAGUCCUGUAAGGACACAGCUGUCCCUCUCUCCUUUGGAUUCCAGAUGUUGGCUUCUCCAGCACCAAUAUGGAAAUUCCUUCACAGACAGAGUACACAGGAUGUUUUGAACAUUAUCCAAAGCAGGCCUUUUAAGGGUUAUUUUCAUACUUUUUUGCAUUGGUGAUGAGUAUAUUUGCAGAUGCGCUAGCAUGUUUUGAUAAGCACAUUUUAUUGUCCAAGUAAGAAAGAACAGAUUUUUAUAUAUCCUGAUUCGUUAGUCACGUAGGAAAGCAACUGUA